GAAAGGUCCCGCCCAGGAAGAGUUAUCCCGAGGAGUUCUUCCGGUGCCGAGCUCCCAAAUUUGGUUGGCUGUUCCUCCCUUGAUCCUUCCCCCUAUCAUUCUGCACCUGCAUCCACUACACAUGCAAUUGUUUUUGCUUGUUGAGCAGAGACAAAACAACGCCAUCUUUGCUCCAGUACGAGUACGAAUCGCUUUUGGUAGCUGAACAACAGCAAAACUCGAGAGCUUUCAAUUGUGCCAGCAAAUAAGCUUAUCGCACGGCCGGUGCACUUGCACCUGUCAUCUACACUGGCGUGUGUCAAUCCUCUCACCCAAUUGGAUUCAAGCUUCCCGCCGGUUACUUACAUGUGACAUCAUCCAUCCAUCCAUUCAUUCAUUCAUUCACUAGAGUAAGAACAACCACCAGCAAAUCAGUUAUAUAAAUUCCCUUCGAUUAAACAUACAAGACACUGACCACCAGCUAGACGUUUUCAUUUCAGCUAAUCACCGAGGACCAAUUUCCGGUCGCCUACUUUGAAAAGUAAAGCAACGCUCACCGCCGUGUACAUAAUUGCACCUUCACCUGUUGCCACCAACCAUCUUCUGAUAUCUGCAUCAAUCAAAAACGACAACUUAAUGUUUACAACUUUUGCUAUUGCCGAAUGAGACACGACUCAGAGGUCUUUGUUCCGAAUCGGCCGAGCGCCUGUAAGAUAGUUGCACCGACACCAACACCGACGCCUUGAUCAUGGCGCCUAUUCCUUUUCUUGGUCGCCUUAAUCCGUAAGUCUGAUGAGUCUUUUUCCACAUUUUCCUCAGCUCGAACAAAGCUGAUACUCUCAGGGCUGAGUAUGUAGCACUAGUCUGCUCAUUUUUCUUAGUUGGUCUGGAGGCAUUGGUUAGGAUAGUGACACUUGCCAUGCGUAAGUCCACCCGGAGCAGCAGCAUAGCCCUUCCAUUGUACCAUAGCUAAUGCCUCACAGCAACGUCCAUAAUAAAUCUGUUUUACCGAGCAUCUCGAAGACUGUUUAACAGAUUUACAUCUCCUGCAGCAAAAAAAUCUGCGAACAAAAAACCAGGUGAGCUAUCCCAAUAUCUUGACUUGAACCAAACUCAUGCAUUUUGUAGAUGUCACAAGUUCAAUCCGAAAAGCAUCUGAUUUUGUCGACAUUUGCGCUUUUUAUGGAUAUUAUGCCGAAGAACAUGUCGUUCAGACAAAAGACGGAUACCUCCUUGGCGUUCAUCGGCUAGCAUGGCGUAAAGGCGAAGAAAAGGAGAAAGUCAAUCAGGGCCCAAACAGCACCAAGAAAAAUGUCGUGUAUCUCCAUCAUGGCCUCCUCAUGAACAGUGAGGUCUGGGUGUGUCUUACCGAUGAGCAGAGAUGUUUGCCUUUUAGGCUAGUAGAGAAGGGAUAUGAUGUCUGGGUAAGUGUUAGUGACCGUCCAAUAGAAGAAUAUUCUAACCGUCUUAGCUUGGCAACAAUCGUGGAAACAAAUACUCCAAAAAGUCUAUUCAUCACUCGCCAAAUGAUCUUCCAUUUUGGGAUUUCUCAAUGGACGAAUUUGCAUUUCAUGAUAUCCCAGAUAGUAUCCAAUACAUAUUGGAAACUACUAAAGCACCAUCACUAUCCUACAUUGGAUUCUCCCAGGGAACUGCUCAAGCAUUUGCAACACUAGCCGUCCAUCCCAAGCUCAAUGACCAAGUCAACGUCUUCAUCGCUUUGGCCCCUGCCAUGUCACCAGCAGGUCUUUCUAAUGGCAUCGUAGAUGCUUUGGUCAAGGCUUCACCACAAGUCCUGUUUCUUCUCUUUGGUCGCCGAUCAAUUCUCAGCUCAGCCACUUUCUGGCAAUCAAUUCUCUAUCCGCCGAUUUUCUCAAAAGUAAUAGAUACGGGCCUGUCGUUCCUCUUCGGUUGGCAUGCAAAAAACAUAUCUGCUAGUCAAAAGCUGGCAGCAUAUCCCCAUUUGUACUCUUUCACCAGCACAAAGAGUGUUGUCCACUGGUUCCAGAUCAUCCGAACUAAAUCAUUCCAGAUGUAUGAUGACGAUGUUCAAUCAGUCGUCUCAAUUGGCGGGGCAAAUAAAUAUACAAAAGUGGCUAAGUUCCCUACCCGAAAUAUCAAAACUCCUGUCGUUCUUGUCUAUGGAGGAAGCGAUUCUUUGGUUGACAUCAACAUCAUGAUGAAGGAACUCCCUGACCAUACUAUCGCAACGGAAAUCCCGCAUUACGAACAUCUCGACUUCCUUUGGGCACGAGAAGUUGACACUCUCGUUUUCCCACAUGUCUUUGAUGCGUUGGAGAGCUUCGUAGAUGCACAACACACGCAGGAAGAAUACGAUCACUAUCGCACUGCAAGACAUGCAAGCUUACAUGCUGGCGCCAACCGCCCAGCCCUAACCUACACAAGCGAAGAAGAAGGAAGCUCUGGAGGACCCAGUUAUGCCGAAGUAGCAAGUACAUCACCCACUAAAAGUCCAGGGCGUUCAUCAAUCCCUGUUCUCAGCGAUGGAGCCAGGAAACGCGUGCGCCCUCAGAAAGAAUACGAUGACUCGAGUGAAAGUUCCGCCAACUCACCCGUCACACCAAGAAGACAAAAUGGAGGGGGUGCGGUAGAGAAUGGAAGCCCGUCGUCGGCGACGUUGAUGAAUAAAUUGAGACAGGCACGGAGUGGGAGUAUUGGGAGCCAGAUCAGUGUUGAGGGGAAGGGGCUUAAGGGGAUUACUAUUGGGGCUUCGAAGGCUAUUAGUGGGGUUGUGAAGGGGGAGGGACAAGGAGGGAUUCUGAAGAGUGGGAGUUCGUCGCCGGGGGGGAAGUAG